AUGGAUCGUCAUUUUAUUAACAUAGUCCUUGUCGGCUUAGCUUUUAUGAUUCUAUUCACAGCUUUUCAAGCGACAGGCAUGAUCGCACCAAGUGUUCUUGAAGGUGUGAAGAAUGAUACAAUUAAUGGAACGAGUUUUCAAGGAAGUGGUUACAUCAGCCUUGCGAUUGUUUAUACGCUAUUUACUAUUGCAAAUAUCUUUGCUCCUGUCGUCGUAUCAACAUGUGGAUCGUCCAUAUCGAUGUUUAUCGGCGGAAUUACUUGUUUUUUAUAUGUUCUUUCAUUCAUUUCGCCGAUGGUUUGGUCAUAUUAUCUAGUCUCGAUUCUAUUCGGAAUUGGUGCCGCUAUUCUUUGGACAGCACAGGGUGUUUAUCUAUCGAGAAAUUCUAACGAAAUGACGAUAAGUCGGAAUACAGGCGUGUUUUGGGCAAUGUAUCAAUCGAGGUUAAGUAGAUUGAAUGUUAACGGACCGACAACUUGCGUUUUUAGUCUCAUUCCAGGUAAUCUAUACGUGUAUUUAUCGAUUGAUACAGAAAUGAUUACUCGAUCAGUACGAUAUCCACUAUUCACUGUGUUUUCCAUCGUUUCUGCUGUUGGGAUCGCUUGUUUCGGUUUGGUCAUUUGGCGAACGUUUAGUGAACGACGACGAGCGAAUUCUGAGUUACUGAAAAACGAAGAGAAAGUCAGUUGCGUCGAUACUGUCGAAACAUUAAAGAUCGCACUUCGACUUCUAAAAACUCGAAAUAUGCUUCUUCUUCUAAUACCGUUUGGUUAUACUGGUUUUGCCUUAACUUUCUUUCAAACUGUUUAUCCAACAUGUAUUGGCCAUUUGAUCAAAUAUGGAGGUGGUGGGCUAUUUGGAUUUAUCACUAAGCCGAAAACAUCGUUAGGACGUAGUCGAAUUGUAUUUGUUGGUUUCAUUGUGCAGCUUGUUUUUUAUUAUUUGGUUUUCAUUAAUUUUCCAUCCGAUGCACCAGCAAACGAAACAAAUAAUGAAGCAUACUUUAAUUUUAAAUUAUUGAUAAGUCAGAUUCUGACUUUCGUCGGCUCGUUCCUGAUUGGUCUUGGCGAUUGUAGUUUCCAUACUCAACUAUUUAAUAUCUUAGCUAGUCAGUACAAAAACACGAGUGCUUCAGCUUUUGCUCUGUUUCAAUUAGUUCAAGGUGGAACAUCGGCUGUUGCUUAUGUUUAUGCAUCAAGUCUUGCUGUCGAAUAUCAAUUACUAAUUUUAGUCAUUACUUUGCUGUUAAGCACACUUGCUUUAUUUGUUGUUUUGUUUUCAAAUGCAAACAAUGAUUUCGAUGAAGCAUCUCCGUUAACUAUAGGUUGA